CCAGAGGAGAUGUGCGAUAGCAGCGUGUGAAGCGUCUAAAGUAGCUGCCGGGGAAUGCGGAGUGCUUGUCUCCUUGGUCGGCCAAAAGCAGUGAGAAGUUAACAAUGCAGGGUUUGGCCGCAUCAGGAACUCAGUUGGCACGGAUGUGAGGAUGCUGUCAGUUUGUUUCGUGUUAGAAAGCUGCCUCAGGCCGAGCUAAGCCGAGGGCACUGCAAUGGAGAGUACAGUGUCUGUUACGUUCCUCGUAUCGUUUUUCAUACUGUUGUGUGAAAGUUAUCAUCAUGGAGUGGAGACAACUACUGUUGUGCAGACACUGGAGAGAACUUUUCCAGAAAAGGCAGCUGGCAUUAAUGAUGACUUGGCAGGAUUGAGACAGAAGCAUCACCUUCAAGAACUUUUUAAUCGUUAUGGAGAAAACAACUCUUUGACAAUUGAAGGAUUUAGAAAACUGAUACAGAACAUAGGGAUAGAUAGAAUGAAAAGAAUUAAAAUAGACCACAACCAUGAUCAUGACCACGAUCAUCACCUUCAUCAUAACCACGUUUCCUUGAGUAAAAACUCUGAGAAGAUUGUUUGUCCGAACCACGAAUCUGAUGCUAACAAAGACCCCAGGAACAAUCAUUCAAAGGAACCUCAUAAAGCAGAGACUGCAGACCAUCAGCACAACUUUGUUUACAGUAAGAAUGCCGUUAAUGAAAUCACUGGGUCAAUCAACACUACUCCCACAGACGGCAGUUCUGAACUGCAGAAUUUGGAACCUGCAGAAGGCAAGUCUGUAGCUCAGGUAGGCCUGGCUGGAUCUAACUCCAUUAAUAUCACAAAUGGAAGCAGCACGAGUUGGCUUGCAAACAUCAAGUCAAACGAAUCUCAUGUUUCUCCGAAGGAAUUGGAAAAAGGAAGUUACCUGUAUUCCAAACUUAAAAACACAAAUAUGCAAGAGUGCUCCAGUGCAUCAAAGCUGAUGCAGUCCCAUGGAAUAAGCACUGAAGUACUGUUGUCUGCCACAGAAUUUAGCUAUCUCUGCCCAGCUCUUAUUAAUCAGAUUGAUGGGAAAUACUGCAUAGUCCAUGCGAGUAGCGAAAAAGCUGAAGCUCCUCCAAAAGGUUAUUCUCUGCAAAUAGCUUGGAUUGGUGGCUUUAUAUCCAUCUCAGUCAUCAGUUUCCUUUCUUUAUUGGGGGUUAUACUGGUACCUUUGAUGAAUCGUGUGUUUUUCAAAUUUCUUCUGAGUUUUCUUGUGGCAUUGGCUGUGGGGACUUUAAGUGGAGAUGCCUUCUUACAUCUCCUUCCACAUUCUCAUGGAAACCACCACCAUCACCACGAAAAGGCUCCGCUUGAACAGAACAGAGGUCCUCUGUUCAAGCAUCUUGUUUUUCAAAGUACAGAAGAGAGUGCUUACCUGGAUUCUACAUGGAAGGGACUUACAGCGCUGGGAGGCUUGUAUUUUAUGUUUCUAGCGGAGCAUUUGAUCACUUUAAUAAAGCAGUUUAAAGACAAGAAGAAAAAGAAAAAAAAUGAAGAUGAUGGAGAAAGUAAGAAGUUUUCAGCGAAUGAAGAAAAGUUAGAUACAGAUGAUCGGUCUGAGGGCUAUCUAGGGACAGACUCACAAGAUCCAUCGCCCUUCAUUUCUCAGCAGCCAGCGGUGCAAGAAGAAGAAGAAGUCAUGAUAGCUCAUUCUCAUCCAGAGGAGGCAGAUAAUGAAUAUGUAUCCAGAGGCUGUAGGAACAAAUGUCAUUCUCACUUACACGAUACUCUUGGACAGACAGAUCAUCUGAGUCAUCACCACCACGACUACCAUCACAUUCUUCAUCACCAUCAUCAUCAGAACCAUCAUCCACACAGUCACAGCCAGCGCUACUCACGUGAAGAACUGAAGGAUGCUGGCAUAGCAACUCUAGCAUGGAUGGUGAUAAUGGGAGAUGGACUGCACAAUUUCAGUGAUGGCCUAGCAAUUGGAGCAGCCUUUACUGAAGGCUUAUCAAGUGGUUUAAGCACGUCUGUGGCUGUGUUUUGCCAUGAAUUACCUCAUGAGCUAGGAGAUUUUGCCGUGCUUCUAAAAGCUGGCAUGACCGUCAAGCAAGCUGUGCUUUACAAUGCCCUGUCAGCAAUGUUGGCCUACCUUGGAAUGGCAACUGGGAUACUCAUUGGUCAUUAUGCAGACAAUGUCUCCAUGUGGAUAUUUGCACUUACUGCUGGCUUAUUCAUGUAUGUGGCACUUGUGGAUAUGGUGCCUGAAAUGCUCCACAAUGAUGCUAGUGAUCAUGGAUGUAGCCGCUGGGGAUACUUCCUGUUACAGAAUGCUGGGAUUCUCUUGGGUUUUGGGAUAAUGCUGCUCAUCUCGGUGUUUGAACAUAAAAUUGUAUUCAGCAUAAACCUGUAAUUUUGCCAGGCUAAAGAUUGGUGUUAAGUUAUAAUUGGUAGUUGUUGUUUUUAUUCCAUAAUGGAGAGGUGUGCUUGGUAUAGUCUAGGUAUUUCUAUUGGUGUGUUUUGUUGUCAUCCUUGGGUCUUUCAAUCUCCACCCCUUUUCUCUCCCAUAGCAAUGAGAAGUGUAAGGAUUUUCACUCGGAAUGUAGUGUUGCAUACGGUACCAUGACAAGACAAACUCAGUAAGUCAUAGUGAGUGCCAAAUCUAUUAAUGCAGUGUCUCCUGUGGUGGGGGCCAAAGUGUUUUUGUGAAUUUAUUUACUGUAUGUAAAUAUAUGCAACAGUGGCUUCUUUUUUUGUUUUUACUUCAUGUUUUUGUUGGUAUAAAGAAAUAAAAUGUCAGUGGUUCUUAUUCUACCACAAUCAAAACCAGUGAACGGAGAGCACAGUGAGCAGUGUAAAGCAACAAAGACAUGCAGUACGUAGUGUGGAUUUAUACUGGUAGAAACUGAUCUCUGUCCACUUUGUUUACAGGGGGUGGCAGAUGAGCUCACCCCAUCCUCUUGGUGGUGCUUCUCCUUGUGGGUUCUGUUUCCUACUCCAGUUGGUUUCUACUGCAAAUGAUUUCAUGUGAAAUUGUUUGAAGUGUUUGUGACAAGUAUGUUUCACCUGUUUCUUCCCCACUGAUAGCAGUUGCUCUUCACUGAAUCCUCAAACUGGCAAGAGCAGUAUGGCCAUUACAUUGUAAAAUGUUUCUGUAGCUGUAGUAUACUUGAAUGCCGUUAAAGAGACUUUUAAAGCAGUGUUCUAUCUCAUUUAUGCUGCCUGAAAGGGUGAAGUUAUGUCACAGUUUUUGAUAUCAUGGGGAGUAGUGUUAGUAGUCCUUUGCUGAGCCUUCUUGGUUUGGUUUGGGAAACGGGAUGACUGGGAGAGCUGAAUUCAUCUAGUUCUGCAUAAUAACAUAAGGUAAACCUGUGCUUGCAGAACAGUUGCAUCCUUUCAGCUAAAUCUGGAAGAUCCAAAGAGCAAGCUUUCUGACAGCGCGUCUGCAGAAGCAGAAUAUGAGGAAUAACCUGUAUGUACGUGAGUGUGUGGUUUGAGCUUAUGGCUAUGGUCUUAGUAUCUCAACCACCCUGAAAGUAUCCGUAGGAAGGAAAGAUGGAAAGGCCAAUUGUCA